CAGCGCUAAGUCCUUCAGAGUGAGCCACGAGACGAGGGGGAAAGAGUCGGCAUGGCCCAGAAAAAUAACUCUGAGUUCUCCAUCAGGGAGUAUAAACCCUCAGAUGAACACGUGAUCCGGUCGCUCUUUCGCGAUGGGAUCCUCGAGCAUGUGUACCCGGCUUUCUUUAGAGCCAUGAGCCAUCCGGACCACAUUGGCAUUGCUCUGAGCAUCUCCAUGGCCGGCUACGUGCUGGGCGGCAGCUCCUAUUUCCAGGCUGUUCUCUUUGGCGGCGCGUGGGCCGGCCUCAUUUAUUACUGCUGCCAUGAGAUCUACCAGGGCUAUGUGCUGAGGAGGCUGAGCUCAGACAUGGCUGACAUUCAAGCACACUACCUGGAGAACCCUGAUAACACCUUGUGGGUGGCUGAAGCGGACGUCAAAGGCCAGCUCAAGGUGGUGGGGAUGGUGGCGGUGACGGGGAAAAGAGGCGUGGAGGAGGACAGCGACAGGUUCGACGAGUGCAACGGGUGCAUUCUGGGAGGAGCAGAGCUGGAUGAAGAUGGGAGCUACGCCGAGCUGUCACACCUGACCGUGCUGUACCGGUGGCGACGCAGAAACAUGGGUUCACGGCUGAUGGGGAAGGCGCUGGAUUUCUGCAAACAACGAGGCUUCAGUCGCCUGGUUGCAGACGUCAGCUCGCCCCAGUUGGACGCCAUGUCCCUCUACAAGAAGUUUGGUUUCAUUCAAACUUCGUCCCACAGAAACACACACACUAACCGCUGGUUCUCCAAACUGGCCAGAAUACAAGUCAAUCAAAUGGAGAAGUUCAUUUAG